ACCGUAGUCGCGUAUCCCGCCACGGACGCGGACGCUCACCCAAUGCGUUCAGUGGCCUUUAACUCUACCUGCAACACAGCGCUGCCUCAGAUGCUCCACCACCCGCUUGCUACAAGGAUAUAUGUCAGUGACGAGCGUCUAAAGGUUGAGAUCUCACUGCCUUCCAAACUAUGGGCGACACCGCGACGAAUAACAACGUUGACUCCGAUGACUCCGUUGUCGACCCUGCUACCGGACUGACCCUCCGUCAGAAGAACCUGAUCAUGGACAGCUGGGAGAUUAUCGGCUCACGUCAGAUGCAGAAAAAGAACGGAGUUAACUUUUUUCUUGAACUCUUCAAAGCUUAUCCCGACCAGCAAGAGUUCUUCCCCUUGUUCCGCGACAAGUCCCUGGAAGAACUGGCGACCAGUUCCAAGAUGCGUGCGCAUGCAACGACAGUGAUGUAUCAGAUCGGGUCGUUUGUGGGGAAUCUGGAUGAUCCAGAGUGUCUGGUGGCCCUGGUGGAGAAGGUGGCGCGCAACCACCUCAACAGAGGCAUCACGAUAAAGGAGUUUGAGGAGUUGAGGAUAAUGUUUUCUCCGUUCCUGAAGAAGUAUCUGGGAGAUGACGCGACGCCGGCCCUCCUCGAGGCGUGGGACAAGCUACUGACUGUCAUGAACACCAUCGUUGGAGGGGUUGCCAAGGAACAGGGGUUGCUUAACAACACGACGUGAACCAAGGGAGACAACCCGGAUAAUGACAUUUACAAGCAAUAAUUUCAGGGGGACUUUGCAUUUAGUUGUUUAACACAUGUGACAGCGCGCGCGCGUGAGCGUGGCGUGUGGGCGGUGGCUGUCAAGUUGGUUUAUGUUCAAGGUUCUUUAAUAAAUUCUUCGUGUCGAA